CCGAUAACUGCUUGACAGCCAGUUGAUUCAUUUACCAUCGCUAACUGUGUUUGGUAAACACCAUUUGUCUCUGGAAAAUAUUCAAUUAAACACAAGUUUGAACAAAUAUGGCGUCCGUACAUUGUCAACUGUGGAUGGGAAGCCUGGAGUCCUACAUGACGGAGAACUUCAUAAUCGCCGCUUUCCGGAAGAUGGGUGAGGAUCCCACCACGGUGCGCCUGAUGCGGAACAAGUAUACCGGCGAACCAGCCGGCUACUGCUUCGUCAACUUCAUAUCCGAUGACCAUGCGCUGGACGCGAUGCACAAGCUGAACGGAAAGCCCAUUCCGGGCACCAAUCCCAUCGUGCGAUUCCGGCUCAACUCGGCCAGCAACUCGUACAAGCUGCCCGGAAAUGAGCGCGAGUUCAGCGUCUGGGUGGGCGACCUCAGCUCGGACGUGGACGACUACCAGCUUUACAAGGUGUUCUCCAGCAAGUUCACAUCGAUCAAAACCGCCAAGGUGAUCCUGGAUAGCUUGGGCUUCUCAAAGGGCUACGGCUUUGUGCGGUUCGGCAUCGAGGAUGAGCAAAAGUCAGCGCUGUACGACAUGAACGGGUAUAUCGGACUGGGCACCAAGCCCAUUAAGAUCUGCAAUGCUGUGCCCAAGCCCAAGUCCGAGUUGGGUAAUGCCUUGGGCGAGGGAAGCACCAACUAUGGCUAUAGUGGAUCUGGAAGCGGUGCGACUGCAGGAAGUGGUACCGACUACUCGCAGUACUAUGACCCCACCAGCACCUAUUGGCAGGGAUACCAGGCCUGGCAGGGUUACUACGAGCAGGCCGGUGCCUCAAUCACAGAUGCGGCUGCUUACUACCAGCAGGCCAUGUCACAGUCGCACUCCAAUCCACAGACUCUGGCCCAGCACGCCGAGGCUUGGAGCGCACAACGCAGCGCCCAGUACGAGCAGCAGCAGCAGCAGACUGCUUCCGCCGCCAACGGAGCUGAGGAUGAGUACGGGCUGGUGGAACACAAGUUCGUCCUGGAUGUGGAGAAGAUGAAUCGCGAGUCCAUCGACGCCGACCGCCGUCUGUAUGAUGCUCUGGAGAGCUCCAAGUGGCUGCCCAUUGAACAGCUGGAGGUCUUUUAGGAUGAUUAUCUACUAUAUGUAUAGCUUUUUAUAAUUACAGCUUAGUUAUUAGCGGAAAAUACAAAAACUAUAAUUCUACCGUUUA